AUGAAAGAAGAAAAAAUUAGAAGUAGUAGUAGCAGCAGCAGCAGUAUUAUUAUUAUUAUUAGUAGUAGUAGUAAGAAGAAGAUUAGAAGAAGAAGAAAAGAAGAAGAAAUAAGAGAAUAUAUAAAUCGAUGGCCGAAAAUUCCACUUUCAUCACUCGAGUUUCUGCUUUCUUUCAAUUGCAAAGAAAAUCACAGACGUUUUUGGUGCAAUAGCUUUUCGUGGAGCCGGUUCUUCUUUUUUCUUCUUCAUUGGACUGCACGCCCUCACACCAGACUAUGGCUUCCGCUUCUUCUUUUCGACAUUUUUCUUACUUCUUUAAGCUUGCCUCCACUUGAACGCACCCUUUCAAAGUCACUUCAAGUUGCAAUAUCCCUACUAACCAAACCCAUAACCACUACCCCAAUCACUACCCGCCUCUCUCACCAAGAUCCUUCUAUAUAUGCGUUGGAGGCGUACAACCAAAGGACCACAACCGUUAUGGCGGGUAUGGGUAGAGGCUUUCCAGAGGGGAGGGGAGUCCUGAGAACCCCUUUUCUUUCUUUUUCUUUUAAGGGCUUCCUUCGACAAGGAAGGUCAUCGUUUCUUUUUGUCAUUUCUUUCAUUCAGUCAUUCAUUUAUUCUUUUCUUUUCUUCUUUCUCUUUCUUUCUGUCAUUCAUUUAUUCUCCUUUUUUCCUUUGGUUAUUCUGUCAUUCUUUGUUUACUUUCUUUUUCUUUCUUUCUUUCUUUUCUUUUCCUUCUUUCUUCUUCUUCUUUCUUUUCUUCCGUUCUUCCUUUUCUUUCUUUCUUUCUUUCUUUCUUUCUUUUCUUUCUUUCUUUCUUUCUUUCUUUCUUUCUUUCUUUCUUUCUUUCCCGUCUUCCCUUUCUUUCUUUCUUUCUUUCUUUCUUUCUUUUGUCAUUCAUUCAUUUUAUGUUUCUUUUUGUCAUUCACUUGUUCUUUCUUUUUCCUUCGACAUUCUUUCUUUACUUCUUUAUUUCUGUCUUUUCAUCAUUUAUCUUUCUUUCCUGUCUUCCCUUUCUUUCUUUCUUUCUUUCUUUCUUUCUUUCUUUCUUUCUUUUUUCUUCUUCUUUUUUCCAUUCAUUUGUUUCUUUCUUUUUUUUCUUUCUUUCUUUCUUCCCUUUCUUUCAUUUUUCUUUUCUUUCUUCUUUCUUCCCUUUCUUUUUUCUUCCUUUUUCUUUCUUUCUUUUUUUGUUUCUUUUUUUUUUUCUUUUCUUCUUUCUUUUAUUUCUGUCUUUCCCUUUCUUUUUUCUUUCUUUCUUUCUUUCUUUCUUUUCUUUUUCUUUCUUUCUUUUUCCUUUCUUUCUUUCUUUUCUUUUUCUUUCUUUGUUUCCUUUCUUUCUUUCUUUUUUCUUUCACUUGUUUCUUUCUUUCUUUCUUUCUUUAUUUCUUUUUCUUUUAUCUUUCUUCUUUCUUUCUUUCCUUUCUCUUCCUUUCUUUCUUUCUUUCUUUCUUUCUUUUCUUUCCCUUCUUUCUUUCUUUCUUUCUUUCUUUUCUUUCUUUUCUUUCUUUCUUUCUUUCCUUUCUUUCCCGUCUUUCCUUUCUUUCUUUCCCUCUUUCUUUCUUUCUUUCUUUCUUUUUUCUUUCUUUCCCUCUUCCCUUUUCUUUCUUUCUUUCUUUCUUUCUUUUUUUUCUUUCUUUCUUUCUUUCUUUCUUUCUUUCUUUCACUCUUUCAUUUUUUUAUGUUUCUUUCUAUCAUUAUCCUCCCUCCUUUCUUUUUUUUCUUUUUUUCUUUCAGUAA